CAGUUUUAUCUUAAUAUCAAAACAUUCAUUCAAAACAUUAAAUCGCAAUUAUUACAUUCAUGUUUUUUUCGCAGUUUGUUCACUUCGAACAGACUAAUGAACAUGAUAAACGUUAACGUUACGCCAGUUCAGUGAUUAGUUAAUGUGGUGGAGCAAAUUUGUUAAGCAAUGUCGUCCAGAUUAGUGCAAUUUCAGAAUAAGUUAACAGCUUUACACUAGUUCUGACUUUGAGCUGCUGUGUAACUGAAUUGCUUAAUUAAAGCUAUAAGAAAGCUUUAUGAGUCUUAUCAAAGAACUCAAAAAUAAUCAGUUAUUUGAAAUAUGGGAAUACCACUUGAAGAAGGAAAUGAAGGAAAUUAUUCUUAACAAAACUUUCAAGGCAGAGAGAGGAGAGGCAGAAUAAAACAAGUUUCGACAUAUCUAUAAUUAAAAAAAAUUAAACUAUGGAAUGACAGGGAGUUAAUUUCUUCAGAAAAUUUAAACCUAAUAAUUAGGACUUGGGUCUUAAUGGUAGCCUGUAAGCAAGGCUUGGCCAUGAGUGGUGGUGAUCACCAACCGUCAAAUGGACCGGAUCCUACCCAUUUUUUCUUGUAAGUAAUCACUGUCACUGAUGGACAUCAACAAAACUAGUAGCACAGCCAAGUUGCAGCCUGCAGUUACCACUUUUUUAAAAGCACCCAUAAUGUAUAUAACAGAUAUACCUAAUUAAAAUUAUAUUGUUGAUUCAGAUGAAUUUUUCAAAUGAUCUGGUUAUUUUAAAUCAUGGUUCCCACAGUAAGCCAUAAUACAUGUGAGAUACGACUCCCUUCCAAUUCUGAGCCCCGAUGGUGCUGCUAUGGCAUUUUGCCAACAUUCUAAAAUUAGAAUUCCCCUAGUUGCUUUUAACGCUGGUUUGUUAGUAUUUACAAUAAUGACUAUGAGAAUCAAAACCUCUGAAAUUACGUCGACAAGGAAAACCGCUCAUUAAUAUAAUAUACUUUUUUGUAUGGUGUUAACUUGUUGGCUCAAUUAUCGAUACUCCAUACUUUUACAAAUAAAGUAAAAUAUAGAAGUGUGUUUAGUGAAUAACAAGUUAAGUAUCCUUCUUUCGAAUCAAAAUGAAACAAAGAUUGGGCAUUGUUUUUUUAAAGUGAUAUUGUUAUGUCAGUAGAGUGAAAUAGACUAUAUGAGUCGAUUAUUAUCAAAGGCGGCAAUCUGACUUUUGGACAAUGAUUGGUAAAUCACAUUCCCGAUCCUGCGGACAGAAUGGAAAGCAGUCGACGUCGCCCAAAACACGUCAUCUCGGAUCCUCCCGAUCCACUAACGGUGCUUUUAGGUACUUCAAGCACCGGUCACCGUUCUCGUCGAACCCGUCGCUUGCGACGAAGGGCUCGACGAGUAAAUUAACUCUCAGACACAGCCCACUGAGUUUCUCGCCGGAUCUUCUCAGUGGGUCGCGUUUCCGAUCCGGUGGUAGAUUCUGCGAAGCACGACUCUUGCUAGGGUUCGUGUUAGCAACAUCGUCAGGUUUGAGCCCCGUGAGCUCACCUACUAAAGUUAGGCUACGCUGAAAUAGCCGCUAGGGCUAUCAGCUUAGGUAGGAAAAAAAAAAAAAAAAAAAAGGUAAAUCAGAAAAACGAAUUAUUGACUUUGUAUUCCAUUGGCAGUCACAAAACUCUUCGGAACGACAUCUUAGAUAAAUAACAGGUAUAGCAACCCUAACGCCUGCCGCGUCGGCAGCCGCGUCUGAUCGCGCGCCGCGACCAAUCAGGGACUCUCGUUGUCGGCUCCCGGCGCGAUUCAAAGAGUAGCGACCGAGGGGCUUUCCUUUUGGCAAGCCGCGCGUGCGCCUUUACUGGCGCCGACAGUUCACCCGCAACCACCGAAGCAUACACACGAGAAUACGUCCGCACCUCGCUCGCUACCAUUCCUUUUCGAACUUGUUUGUGGGACCCUCUGGAGUAUUCAUACCCAGUGCUCCAGCUGGACAACACAAAACUGGCGCCUCAACGUGGUAAAGAGGACAACACAAAACUGGCGCCUCAACGUGGUAAGGAAAAUCUAGCGGUGAGUCGACGAAUCGUACCGGUUUUGCCAAUAAAAUUGUGAACUCAUGAUCAUGGUGAACACUCGAAGUGAUAACCGUGCUAGCCGAAAUCGCAGGGAUGAUGAUGCAACGGACCCAUCGUCUGUCCGCGUCCCGCGAUCGGUCUCCCCGAGCGCGUCCGCCGCCCAAGAAAAUGGCGCCGGCGACGCCUCGCGCAUAAUCUACGAGUCCUUUCGAGAAGCAUCUACGAGCGCGUCUCCCGCCUGCGAAAUCGGCGCUGCUGACGCCUCGCGCUCCAAUCACCACAACCGAUCCGGCGACAGCCACGUGGCCCCCGCCGAAGCCACCUUCUCCAGCGAGCACGUGUCAACAAUAGUAGAGGCACUACAGCGGAGCCAAACAGAGGUUUUGAAAUCAUUAUUUGAAACGAUACGGCACAACACAUCAACACCAGUGCCCGCAUCACAUGCACACGCGAACUUCGCCCGAUGUACCGCGCGCUUUAGUGGGACUGCAGAUGAGUCGCUUGAUGCCUUCCUGGAUGCGGCUGAGGCGUAUCGCGACUGCUCCGACAUCUCGGAUGAGAACGCCGUCCGGGGAUUGUCCAUGAUGUUGUGCGGCGACGCCGCCGUCUGGUGGCUGGGUGUGAAGUCCUCCAUAUCUUCGUGGUGCGAUGCCGUAUCAGCCCUACGAGACGCUUUCGGUGAUCGCAGACCUCCACACCGUAUAUACGCUCAACUAUUCAAACGAAGUCAACAAAACAACGAAAGAACGGACCGUUUCAUCGCUGCGACGCGCGCUCUUCUCGCGAAGCUACCUGCCGGCGACCUAAGCGAGAAAGUCCAGCUGGACAUGAUCUACGGACUCCUCAGCCGCCGCGUACGGGAGAGACUUCGCCGCGACGAAGUAAGUUCAUUCGACGUGCUCUUGCAAAGAGCGCGCCAAAUUGAAGUCGCGACGGACGAACUUCGCUACGAGCACGAUGCCUCAAGACCGACGGGAGAAUUAGCAAGAAAACCAUACGAGUCGACGACCGGCACCGGACGCACCCGCCCUCCGCCAGCAGUAGCAGCGCGCACGGCCGCGUGCGCUCCGAGCGGCGCCGCCCCCGGCCACGAGCCCGCGACGCAGCCGCCGCUCGUUCCCGGAACGCCGCGUGUAUUUGACUCCGUCGAAAGGAAGCGACGCCCGAAAUGUUCGUAUUGCCAUUUCUUCGGUCACGAGAAGAACCAGUGUCGUAAGUUAGAUUCAAAACAAGGUGAUCAAUCUCAUACUAACUUAUCUAAAAAUAAAACUCACUCAAAAUCUAGUGAAAGUGAAAUUAAAAGUGAUCAGUCAUUUUAUUGUGUCGAUUCAAAAGUGUGUUUUAAAUUUGAAAACGACAAAUCAGUAAAAGACCGUAUUCAUAGUUCUAAUUUAGUGCAUGAAACUUGUAUACCUAUUUUGCCAAAUAGUGAUGCAUGCACUGAUACCUACACACAGUAUAAACAGCGGCGAAUUCCACAAAAUUAUAAUUUUGCUGCCCAUAAUUCAAAUCGUUCGCGGUUUAAGGUUACUGAUAACAGUGAUAAUGCCGAUCGAGCUCGUAUUGAUCGCCCAGGUUCUUCUCGAGAAAAGAACCACAAUAUCACUGCAUGCAACACGAAAUUCAUAACAUGUAAUCGAUCGAGUGACGAUCGCAAAAAUAAUAAUAGUCUGAGCGAAAACAUUACUCAUGUUAACCCUUCAGCCGCCACAACUGAAAAUGUUAACUCUUUGGUUGUCGAACCUAAAAAUGAUAAUUUUUUUUUAAACAAAAGUAUUCAUUUAGAUAUGUUUUCUGGCGUCGACGGACAUCUUUGCUGCAAUGCCAAUGCAAACUGGCAAUGUCAAACAGUAACCUGCGCGGUCGCAGAGGAUUCAAAUUUUGUUCAUCAAAGAUGUCCGGGCGACAGUAAUAUUUGUACACCAUUAGUUGAAAAUUAUUGUGAUAAAAACGGGAUAAACCCGAAUUUUCCGAAAUAUGGGAAUAAGCGUGAUGUAAUGGGAUUUGAUUGUUUUUAUGGUUGCGGCGGAGAUGAUGAUCUUACGGGACCCCCUAUUGGUCGUGACGUACGGCCGAUUUUUAACAUAAAUAUACUGGGUUUUGACGGCACCGCUUUAAUAGACACAGCUGCAAAACACUGCAUCGCGGGUCAUACGCUAUACGCUCUCCUCCAGCAGAACAACCACCCUCUCCGCGUUUCCUCUCAACGAGUCAGACUUGCCGACGGUGUGGUGCGCAUUAUGGACGUUUUUACCACCACACUCGAUGUACGCCUAGAGACGACAAUUAUUUCCACUCCAUUCCUCAUAUUUCCUGAAUCCACCAAUAAUGAAACGUUAUUAGGAAUAGAUUUUAUUACCGCAGCUGGAGUAGUAAUCGACUUCAAAGAAGAGGUUUGGUUCUUCAGUGAUGAUGCGAUGGUAAAAUAUAAUCUGUGUUUCGAACCUAAGUCGCGCAAAGUUUCCUGCGCCGCUACAGACAUCCUUAGGGAUGACGAAGGUACUCACCUUACGCCAGCUGAGCGGCAAGCGCUCGCUGACGUACUGGACAGGCACGCACACAUCUUCAGAGCAGGGGGAGGUCCAACUCCGUUUGCUGAGCAUCGCAUCGAAACAGGUGAGCAUACACCAAUAUCAGUACUCCCAUACUGUUUAAAUCCUUCGAAGAAACCGCCUGAUAUUAUAUUAGGGAAAUACCAUACCCAAGACCUUACCUGUUACCACGGUAACAAAGACUCCUUACCCAAACCUGUGAUUCCUAAGAGGAAACGUGGACGCCCAGUUAAAGCUGUAGAUGUCCUAGUCCAGGAGCGAGGGCGUUCUCCAGGACUAGAGGGGGAGUAUAUAACAACCCUAACGCCUGCCGCGUCGGCAGCCGCGUCUGAUCGCGCGCCGCGACCAAUCAGGGACUCUCGUUGUCGGCUCCCGGCGCGAUUCAAAGAGUAGCGACCGAGGGGCUUUCCUUUUGGCAAGCCGCGCGUGCGCCUUUACUGGCGCCGACAGUUCACCCGCAACCACCGAAGCAUACACACGAGAAUACGUCCGCACCUCGCUCGCUACCAUUCCUUUUCGAACUUGUUUGUGGGACCCUCUGGAGUAUUCAUACCCAGUGCUCCAGCUGGACAACACAAAACAGGUUAACUAUUAACCU